AUGCAUCCUCCGAUCAUUGGAUUCUUUGUGUUGAUCACCCUCUUCAUCCAAACAACCUCCCAACCUGUCAAAUACUUUUGCUCCACUUAUAAUCCCACCACCACUUAUGCAGCCAACCUUAAUUCUCUCCUCUCCGCUCUUUCUUCCAAUGCCAACCGCCAAAACGGUUUCUGCAACUUCACUGCCGGCGCCGGCGAUCACGACACCGUGCACGGCCUGUUCAUGUGCCGGGGCGAUGUCUCAACUGCAGAAUGCGAGACCUGUGUAAAUCAAGCCUGCACAGAUAUACCGCUGCUAUGCCCCCAGAAAAAGAACGCUAUUAUUUGGUACGAUCACUGUAUGUUGCGUUACUCGGAGACGUCGGUAUUUGGGAUGGCCGGCCAGGCGGCGGUCCAGUUUUCAACGCAUAAUCCCGGGAACGAUACUCCGACGGCUAAGUUCAUGGAGCUGGUUGCAGAGAAUUUGGAUGAGAUGGGCACUCGAGUAGCCGGCGGCGGCGGCUAUGGAUCUGGCAAGAAAUUUGCGACUCAAGAAGCUAACUUUACUGCAUUUGAGAGGAUCUACUGUCUUGGGCAGUGCACGCCGGAUCUUUCCGACUCCGAUUGCCGGAAAUGCAUGGAAAGUGCUAUCAAAGAAGUAGUUGCAAAAGCAGCAUGGGGGAGUAGAACACUCUUCCCAAGCUGUAAUGUUAGAUAUGAGACAUAUCGAUUCUACGAUACACAAGGUAGAAGCAGAAACUCAUAUUCAAAAGUGAUUAUUGCCAUUGUAGUUCCGGUCAUUAUUGGAAUUAUACUCUUCAUUGCAGUCUUCUGUUUUGUGAGAAUUAGAAAUGUGAAGAAACGAAAUACCACUACACAGACAACACAAAUGACUGGAGUUUCAGCUGAGGAGUCCACAUCACAAUAUGAUUUUGCUACCGUUCGAGCUAUUACAAAUGAUUUCUCUCAUGAAAGUAAAAUUGGCCAAGGGGGAUAUGGCUCUGUAUAUAAGGGACUUCUUCCCAUCGGACAAGAAGUAGCUGUAAAACGGCUUUCGAGAAGUUCAGGACAAGGAGCUCAAGAGUUCAAAAAUGAGGUUGAAGUAGUUGCCAAGCUUCAACAUAGAAAUUUAGUAAGACUACUAGGAUUUUGCUCUGAAGGAGAAGAAAAGAUACUCAUUUAUGAGUUUGUGCCCAACAAAAGCCUUGACUACUUUUUAUUUGAUCUUGAGCAACAACAUCUAUUGGAGUGGUCAAUGCGUUAUCAAAUUAUAAAAGGAAUAGCACGGGGAUUACUUUACCUCCAUGAAGACUCUCGUCUUAGAAUCAUACAUCGAGAUCUCAAAGCAAGUAAUAUACUAUUGGACGCAAAGAUGAACCCUAAAAUAGCUGAUUUUGGCAUGGCAAGAAUUGUUGGAGUUGAUCAAAGUCAAGGAAGUACAAAUAGAAUUGUCGGAACAUAUGGUUACAUGUCUCCUGAGUAUGCAAUGCACGGAGAGUUUUCAGUAAAGUCUGAUGUAUUCAGUUUUGGUGUUCUACUUCUGGAGAUUAUUGCUGGAAAGAAAAAUCGCAGUUUCUGCCAAUCAAAUAAAGUACAAGACCUUCUUAGCUAUGCUUGGGAACAAUGGAGGGAUAGUUGGCCUCUAAAAAUACUAGAUCCAGCUCUCGGAGAGUCUUAUGCAAUAAAUGAAGUCGUUCAAUGUGUGCAUAUUGGUUUGUUAUGUGUUCAAGAAGAUGCAGAUGAAAGACCUACAAUGACAGAUGUGAUGUUAAUGCUCAAUAGUUAUUCUACGAGCAACUGGUUAGCACCACAUCAACCUGCAUUUUAUCGUAGUGGAAAUGAAAAGAUGGUGAGAGAGAUAAAAUUGGAUCAAUCUAUGAGCGUAAAUGAAGUAUCAAUUUCUGAACUCUAUCCAAGAUAAGGGAUAU